CUGAGCCGGCCAUGGGCAAGUCAGUUUCCACAGAAUUUAACGAGGAGGUCCUGAAGGCCCACAAUGAGUACCGGAAGCAGCACGGAGUGCCCCCACUGAUGCUCUGCAAGAAGCUCAACCGGGAGGCGCAACAGUACUCUGAGGCCCUGGUCAGCACGGGGAUCCUCAAGCACAGCCCAGAGUCCAGUCACGGCCAGUGCGGAGAGAACCUGGCCUGGGCAUCCUACGAUCAGACAGGAAAGGAGGUGGCUGAUAGAUGGUACAGCGAAAUCAAGAACUACAACCGCCAGCACAGCUUCACCUUGGGGACGGGACGCUUCGCAGUCAUGGUCUGGAAGAAUACCAAGAAGAUGGGAGUGGGGAAGGCAUCUGCAAGUGACGGGUCCUGCUUUGUGGGGGACAGAUACUUCCCAGCAGGGAAUGCUGUCAACCAGGGCUUCUUUGAAGAAAACAUCCUGCUUCUAAAGAAGUAA